AUGAUUGAAGCAAAUGGGUCAGUUCAUGAAUUCUUGGCUGGAGAUAAGACACACCAAGAAAUAAAUGAUAUUAAGCACAUGUUAGAUGUAGUGGCUGCAAAAUUAAAGAUUGAGAGCUAUGUACUAACUACAAGUGAGGUUUCACUAGACAUAGAUGAAGAAGAGAAGGAAACUGCACUUUUCAGGCACAGUGAGAAACUUGCAGUUGCCUUUGGACUUAUCACUAUUUCUCUGCCAACUCCAAUCAGAGUUACGAAGAAUUUGCGCAUAUGUAAUGAUUGCCACACUGUUGUAAAGUUAAUCUCCAAAGCAUUUGAUCGUGAAAUUGUGCAAAUUGUACGGGCUAUUAAAGUGAGUGACUAUCCUAUGCUUCAGGAAGCUGCACCAAAUUUUCACAAUGUUCUGGACUGGAACUAA